UAAUAGAGACUAGAAACUUUAAUUUCAAAUUAAGUAUAAACUUUUGUUGCCAAGGCAUUGAGAACACUGGAAUCACUAUAUUCGUGCUUCAGAAUGUGUAGUUUAAGACCUGUAUGUACUUGUCUGUCUUUUCUGCAAAGAAUGGCAUAUCUUGCAGUUUUUUGUCUUGCUGUCUUAGUCCUAUGCUGCAUUAUUAUCUAAAACUUGCUGAAGUGCUUUACAACAUCUUAAAAUCUGAAUUCAGUUAUCUCUGGUGUUGGAAGCCUUGCCCUAAACGUCCACUAAUGCCUGAAUAGGCUGAAUAACAACAAAUAAGAGCUAAUAGAGUGUGAUUAACUCAACAGCAGGACCUAUUACUUUCAACUUGAGUUUAGCAGUGCUACCUUAAAAGAAAUAAAAAAAAAAAAAGGAACCCCCCCAAAAAAACUAGCAUGUAUAAACAACCAGUUGUGAUUUAUCAGUAUUCUGAGAUUGGAUGCUAUUAAAAGAAAUAACAUCUGCCUUUAUUUGGGUAACUGAGUGAGCAGUGUGAUAAUUAGUUAAUUAAUCUGUAAGCUUGCAGUCUGGCUUGAGCAAUAAAAAGAUCUAAGGUUUUAUGUUGGGCAACUUUACCAGCUCUUUGAUUUCCCCUCCCACUCUUUAUAAAGAGCUUAUGAGGUGUUACCUUCCUAUCCUCACUGAUGUUAAGGCACUUCUGAUUGUUGUCCAACAGUUAGUAUGGAGCGUAAUAAAAAAGUAGUCAGCUGGCAAAGUGAACUAGGUUACUAAAAUGUAGGGAAUAAGAAAGAAAGUAGCAGAUAUAAAAAGGAAAUAUAUUUUUCAUUUAAUUUGACCACUAGAUGACACCACUGCGAAAGAAUACUUGCCCGAUAUCUGUAAGCAAGCAAUACCAGAAUGCUUGAAGAGAAUGCAGUGUUUGUAAAAUGAAACCAACUUACAGAAGCAGUAGAUAGUGUUCUCUGUGAGGAAGAUUGCUUCAUCUGAGAUACAGGUUAAUAUCCUUUCUGUGCUCUGAAUGAUCUAAUGUUGACUACUGCCAAGCUGUAUGAAGUGUAGAUAAUCAUGGAAUAACAUUGUCCGGAAACAAAACUUCUUUAACUCACUGAUUGUUCAGCUGAUGUCCUCAUGUUUUAGGACUGUUCGUAAUGGAUUAAUCACUGUUUUAGGUCAGUUAAAAACUCGAGAACUAUUUUCUUCUCUAAGUCAUAACAGCAACACAUGGGAGCGUGUUGCUACCAUUACAGUGCCUGGCUGAUGAUGGGUUUGGGAUGGGAGAAGAUGAUCCUUACCAGAGCUAAGAUUAUAGCUAGCUUUCUAACUUCUUUGUUUGACCUGGCAACUAGAUUAUACUUGAUAAUAUGUGUGACUGACUGCUGACAACUAGGACAAGUUAAUACAACUUAACAAAACGUUUACCCCUUUAUUUUGGGUUUUCCUAAAUUGCAUUUAAGAAAAUUAUUUAAAGCUUUCCAGUAGUCCAAGAUAUGUACUGUGUCUUGCCUAGCUAUCUUCAUAAUUGUGUGGUUUCCAUGGAACAGACUCAUAACAUUCUGGAGUUCGUGUGCCUAGAUUGUUUGGUUAGGAAGGUUUGGCUGCUGAGAUCCCCUAGCUACCCAAGGAAUUAUAUUGUCUCAGGGUUUCCAGGUGGGGGAAGCCUUAACUACUUCUCAUUCAUUUCCUGCUCUGGCUGUGGCUAGUAUUGUGUCUUCUACAUGCUCUGGUUCUCUUUGGAUCCUUCAGUGAGCCACCUGAAAUAGCUGAUAGGACAGAAACUUAGCCAGCUCUUAUGCCGUGUUAGUUUUUGGCAGGUUACAAUGUCAGAUCUUGGAAGUCAUUCCUCCAGCACAUCACAACGGAAUGGCAAAUGGCCAUGUCAGCAGUGCUGAUGGAGAAACCAUUGUCAUCAGUGAUAGCGAUGAUUCAGAAACGCACAAUAGUUCUGCACAAAAUGGGAAGAAGAAAGCCAUAAUUGAUCCUUCUUUGUUCAAAUACAAAGUACAACCUGUUAAAAAAGAACUGUAUGAAUCUGUUAUUGUUAAAGCAUCUCAGCUAAGCCGGAGGAAGCACCUAUUUUCUCGUGAUAGACUUAAACUUUUUCUGAAACAACACUGUGAACCACAUGAGGGAGUCAUUAAAACUAAGGCAACAUCAAUUGCAAAAUAUAAUCUAGCAGAACAAAAUUUCUCCUACUUUUUUCCUGAUGACCCACCCACAUUUGUCUUCAGUCCUGCAAGCAGACGACGAGGGAGACCUCCAAAGAGGGCAUCCAUUAGUCAUGAGGACAAUAUUACUGCUAAGCAGAAUAUCCAAGGAAACAGAAGUAAAGUAGCAAAGGAAAAGACAAGAUUUCAGAAGCAAAAAGAAGAUAUGCAGGCCAUGGCUUUUGAAAAAGCUAGAUUAAAACGAGAGAAGGCAAAUGCUAUAGAAGCCAGAAAAAGAGAGAAAGAAGAUAAGGAAAAAAAGAAAGAAGAACUAAAGAAGAUUGUGGAAGAGGAAAGGAUGAAGAGGAAAGAAGAGAAAGAGAGGCUCAAAAUAGAGAAGGAGAAAGAAAGAGAGAAGCUGCGUGAGGAAAAAAGGAAAUAUGUGGAAUACCUGAAACAGUGGAGUAAGCCUAGAGAAGAUAUGGAGUGUGAUGAUCUUAAGGAACUUCCAGUUCCAAUGCCAGUGAAGACGAGACUUCCUCCUGAGAUCUUUGGUGAUGCUUUGAUGGUUUUGGAAUUUUUAUAUGCUUUUGGGGAACUUUUUGAUCUUCAAGAUGAAUUUCCCGAAGGAGUGACUUUAGAAGUUUUAGAGGAAGCUCUUGUAGGAAAUGACACUGAAGGCCCACUAUGUGAAUUGCUGUUUUUCUUCCUGACUGCCAUCUUUCAGGCAAUGGCCGAAGAGGAAGAAGAAGUGGCCAAAGAUCAAAUAGCUGAUGCUGAGACCAAAGAUUUAACAGAGGCUUUGGAUGAAGAUGCAGACCCCACAAAAUCUGCACUGUCUGCAGUUGCAACUUUGGCAGCUGCAUGGCCCCAGUUACAUCAGGGCUGCAAUUUGAAAAACUUGGAUCUUGAUAGCUGCACGCUUUCUGAGAUUCUCAGACUUCACAUUCUAGCAUCAGGUGCUGAUGUAACAUCAGCCAAUGCGAAAUACCGCUACCAGAAACGAGGAGGGUUUGAUGCUACUGAUGAUGCUUGCAUGGAGCUGCGAUUAAGUAAUCCUGGGCUCUUGAAGAAACUUUCAAGUACCUCAGUGUAUGAUUUGUUGCCAGGAGAAAAGAUGAAGAUUCUUCAUGCUCUCUGUGGGAAACUUCUGACUUUGGUCUCCACUCGAGAUUUCAUUGAGGACUCUGUUGAUGUACUACGACAGGCAAAACAGGAGUUCAGAGAAUUAAAGGCAGAACAGCAUCGCAAAGAGCGGGAGGCAGCAGCAGCAAGGAUACGUAAGAGGAAGGAGGAGAGGUUGAAAGAGCAAGAGUUAAAAAUGAAAGAGAAACAAGAAAAGCUGAAGGAAGAAGAGCAAAGGAAUCCUGCUGUGGAAGUAUCUGUUGGGGAGGAGGAACGAGAGGACCUUGAUACCAGUACAGAGAGCAAGGAAACUGAACGUAAAGAGCCAGAAAUAGAUACAGUGACCGAGGAUGAAGAAGAGCUGGGACCAAACAAAAAAGGAAGGAGAGGAAGGAGAGGGCAAAAUGGAUAUAAAGAAUUUACAAGACAAGAGGAUACUUCCGAAAAGAGUGAACCCCUUACUGCUGAAGAUGAGGAAGCUUUAAAACAGGAGCAACAAAAGAAAGAGAGAGAACUAUUAGAAAAGAUACAGAAUGCAACAGCCUGCACAAAUAUUACUCCCUUAGGUCGUGACCGUUUGUACCGACGCUACUGGAUUUUCCCCUCAGUUCCUGGAUUGUUUAUAGAAGAGGACUAUUCUGGUCUCACAGAAGACAUGUUGUUGCCUCGAACCUCUUCCUUUCAGAAUAGUGUACAGUCUUGCACAAAUGAACCUCAGGUAUUCAGUAAAACUGGAGAGUCUUUGAAAUCUUCUGAAUCUACCUCCAAUGUUGACCAAGAUUCACACACCAGUGUUGUUGUAGAGGUGCCAAGGCCAGUAUAUAAACCAAACCGCUGGUGCUUUUACAGUUCUCGGGAACAACUGGACCAACUUCUAGAGGCUCUCAAUUCCCGAGGACAUAGGGAGAGUGCCUUAAAAGAAACUCUUUUACAAGAGAAAAAUAGAAUAUAUGAACAACUAAGCAGUUUUCCUGUGGAAAAAUUCCAUAUUCCAGACAAACCUCAAAGUGACAUUAGACCUCCUCCUCCAGUACGGGGAAGGAUGCAGAAUGCCCACGAUGCAUCCCAAAUAUCUGCAGAAAAGCAACUUGAAAUGAGGCUCAGAGACUUUCUUUUGGACAUUGAAGACAGGAUCUACCAAGGAACAUUGGGAGCUAUUAAGGUUACAGACAGGCAAUCUUGGAGAGCAGCCUUAGAACAUGGGCGGUAUGAAUUUCUAAAUGAUGAAAAUAAAGAAAAUGGUAUAAUUAAAACUGUGAAUGAAGAAUCUGAAGAAAUGGAAACUGAUGAUCAAGAUAAGUUCAUUGUUAAAGACCGGCUCAUUGGAUUGAAAACUGAAGCUCCAAGUGCUGCAUCAACAAGUACAAGUACUCCUCAGCCAGUUAAUAAUGUGGUCCACUGCUUAGCAUCUGCACUGCUUCAGAUAGAACAAGGAAUUGAGCGCAGGUUUCUCAAAGCACCUCUUGGUAAAGCAGAAGAUAAUAAAAGGAGCCACAGGGGGUAUAAAAAGAGGAAGAAAGUGGAAGACAAGACUAGUCAGAGAGAUGACGCCAGUGAUGGUGGACGAUCCUAUAAAACAGUUUUGGAUCGCUGGAGAGAGUCACUUCUUUCUUCUACCAGCUUGUCUCAAGUCUUCCUUCAUCUGUCUACACUGGAUCGAAGUGUCAUCUGGUCAAAGUCCAUCCUCAACGCUCGCUGUAAAGUAUGUCGAAAGAAAGGUGAUGCAGAAAGCAUGGUGCUGUGUGAUGGCUGUGAUCGAGGCUAUCAUACCUACUGUAUCAGGCCCAAGCUGAAGAUCAUUCCCGAAGGAGACUGGUUUUGUCCAGAGUGCCGGCCAAAGCAGCGCUCUAGACGCCUUUCCUCCAGGCAGAGACCAUCUGUGGAAAGUGAUGAAGAGAUGGCUGAGCGGAUAGAAGGGGAGGAAGAGGCAAGCUACGAUGAAAUGAGACAAAGUGAGGAAGAGGAUUAUGAAGAAGAACAUGAAGAGGAAGAUGAAUCUCAGGAGGAGGAAGAGAUGAGCCCUUCAAAGCACGGAAGACCACAGGUCAAGUUUCCAUUAAAAAUGAGAGCAGCCAAACUCAACAAUCCUUUUUCAAGUCGGAACAUCCAGCGUCAGGCAAGAUAUGCUUCCAGGAGUCAGCAAAAUACACCUAAGCAAGCAGGAUCUUCUAGAGUGACCAGAAGGGGGUUAAGGAAGGUAAAAUCAGCCCCUCCAUCAGUGACAAAACCUACUUUAAGACUUAGCAGCCGGACCACUCGUCAGAGCCAAAGUUCAUUACAAGCAGAUGUAUUCGUGGAGUUAAUCAGUCCUCGAAGACGACGAAGAGGAAGAAAGAAUGCUGAUAACGCACUGGAAAAUAGUCCUUCUGAUUCCCUUGGAUUUAGAAUUGUUGAUUCUACAGACUCUAAUGAACGGGUUAGAAAAUAUCCAGUUGCUGCUCCAAAGCUUUCUCUUCCUGUUAGUGAGCCCAAGAGAAGAGGCAGGAAACGACAAUCCACAGAAUCAUCUCCUCAGACCUCAUUGAACAGGAGAAGUUCAGGACGUCAAGGAGGAGUCCAUGAACUCUCUGCAUUUGAACAACUAGUUGUGGAACUGGUACGACAUGAUGACAGCUGGCCUUUUAUGAAACUGGUUUCCAAAAUCCAGGUACCAGACUAUUAUGAUAUCAUCAAAAAACCUAUUGCCUUAAAUAUAAUUCGUGAAAAGGUGAAUAAAUGUGAAUACAAGCUAGCAUCGGAGUUUAUUGAAGACAUUGAGCUGAUGUUUUCAAACUGCUUUGAAUACAACCCUCGUAACACAAGUGAAGCAAAAGCUGGAACUAGACUUCAGGCUUUUUUCCACAUCCAGGCUCAAAAGCUGGGACUUCCUAUCACAUCUGGUAAUGUGGACCAUGCCGCUCCCGUGGCCAAGAAGUCACGAAUCUAACCUCUGCCUUCCAAAGGAUUUUUUGAGGGAAUCUGCUCUGUUCAUGAAAUGAAAUGUUAAAUCAUGCAGUCAUCAUACCUGUAUAAAGCAAUAACAACUGUUUAACCACCUUGAA